GCUAGGUAAGUUAAGGAAAGGAGGCAAGCCGCUGGCAGGCAGCCAAGUUGAACUUUACGUGCUUUGGGGUAAGAAAAGAUGGCAUCAGAAGGACCCCGGUGGUACGUCCAACUCGUCCUCUUCAUGCUGUGCCUGACGCCCUACGCCAAUGCUGAAUCUCAUCGUCUUCAAUACAACUUAUUUGCAAUGGUCAGUUCUGAUGGAGAACCCCCCUCAUAUUCAGCCCAUGGCUACCUGGAUGAUGAAUUGUUCCUUCAUUAUGACAGUGAGAGCCAGAGGCCAGAGCCUCGGGGCACCUGGUUGGAUGGUCUUGUGGAAACAGACACUUGGAAGAAAGAGAAGAGCAAUGUGAAAGAGAUUGGACAGGACUUCAAAAUAACUCUGAGACAAAUCAUGGACCAGAGCAACCUAAACACUGGUUCUCACACCUUUCAGGAAACACUAGGCUGUGAACUCCAUGAAGAUGGUACCCGUAGAGGAUUUUGGAAAUACGGUUAUGAUGGAAGGGACUUCCUCAUCUUGCAACCUGAGACACUCACCUGGAAAGCAGUCCAUCCUGCUGCUGGCAAUCUAAAGAAUGCCCUUGAGGAAGAGCCAAGAGAAAUAAAGAUCAAGAAAGCAAAAACAGAAGGAGACUGUUGUGAUCAACUUUUGAGUUACCUGAAAUUUUGGCAGGAAAAAAAAGCAGCAUUCCCUUUGCUGAAUGUGACUCAAAAGGAGAACCGAGAGGGAAAGGUCACUCUGAGGUGUUGUGCUUACAGUUUUGUCCCUCGGGACAUCAAGAUGACCUGGCUGCAGAAUGGGCAUGCACUGAGCCACAGUGACCAUGAAAGAGGAAUCAUUCAGCCUAGUGGGGAUGGCACCUACCAGACCUGGGUGUCUAUAGAUGUCCACUCUGAAGAGUCAAAUUACACUUGCCAUGUGGAACAUCAGGGAAGGAACCAAACCAUCUCUGUACCCUUGGGUCCUGUUCCGGAAGCAAGCAGGAAAUACUGGGUCCUUGCUGCUCUGACUUUUGCUGGUGUUAUUGCUAUUCCAUUUGUGGUAUUUUUUUGUGGUGCCAGGUACAGAGAGAGAAGGCAGCAGCAGGAUGGCCUCCCUGUAUGAGCUAUGAUUCAGUGACUCCCAAGGCCUGCUCCUAUACUGGCACUGUUUGUGCUGGACUGUGCUCCACUCUC